AUGGCGCCGACAAUGCGUACUCACACCACCACUAGGCGUGGAAACCGAGCUGGCUAUCAGGAACAUGACGAUUUCGAAGGCCUACCCGUUCGGCAAUGGCGACAGGAAUGGGUGAACAUAUCACCACCUUCUCAGGUCGAAACCACUCAGAAGAACGACGUCUGGGCCAUCGAACUGCCUCAUGGCAUGCCCAAGGAUUCGAAUCUGUUGCCCACCCAUACACAGGAACUGCUACGAGCAGCCCGCUCCGGACGACUCUACAAACGACCCGCGCCCGCUGAAGAAGAGGAAGCUGAGGCGGAUACCGCCCCGGAGAAGCCAGAAAAGAAGGACGAGGACCCCACUACCAAAGGCUACAUGGUCAAGGUCUGGAAGCAGAUACCUCGCAAUGCCGAGGGUCCCACCAUUUCGCAUCUGGCCAAGAGGAGGAAAGGCACGGUGACACUGUCCUCCAGCCUGCCCGCCGGAAACACGUCUGGCCCAACCGUCACCAAGGCUAGAGUGCGGCGCAUUGAUGCUGCUGGUAACCCGUACGAUCAAGAGGUCAUCCUUGCCCACGGUCAGCCUGUCGAUGGCGAAAUCAUCUCCACCACGGUCGUGCAGGCGCCGACAGCCAACGCGAAUGCUGAUGCUGCAGCUGGUGCCCCUGUACGGAGACGUCCCCCACCUCCCAAGAGGAAGGCCAAGGGUCCUGGCAGAGGCCGGAAGAAGAAGAUCCUGCCGCUGCCUGGUCCCUCAGUUUCCCAGACUGGGGUUUCUGGUGCUGGUGUUGGCGAAGGCGGCGUUAAGCCCGGAGGUGCUAAUGAUGGCAUCAAGCAGGAGGGCGGCGAGGACAAUACGCGCCAGGACAGCGAAAUGGCAGAUGGCGAUGAUGACGAAGAAGGCGACGACGACGGCGAAGACGGCGAAGAUGGGGAGGAAGGUGACGAAGACGAGGGCGAAGUUGCCGAGAGCGAAAAGGGAACGCCUGCGGCAAAGGAAGGCAGUACCGACCAGGAGAUCAAGCACUCGCCUUCUGUUGGGCCCCCAACCAUCACUACUUCUGUCCAAGACCCAGACCCAGACGCUAUGGAUCUUUCAACGGACGAGCCACUCCCCGAAGUCUCACAAACACAACCACCGACCGCACUUGCCCCUAUUCAGCCUCCAACAUACCUGAACUCUCCUCAUUUCGAGGGAAGCCCCCUGAAGAACGUAUUGGUACCGUCACCAACUGAGCUAUUGUUACCGAGCUUACCGCCAGUCUCUGCUCCAGAGGCCAGUGCCCCUGUGCAGGAGUCGAGCUUACUAUCAAAUCCUAUACCGGAUCCUGUGCCGAGUGUUGAAGUACCACGACCGACUGUAUCAGAGCCCGUCGUCCAAGAGACCACAAUCGUUGAGACUCAUACUCCCCAGGAUACAGAGAUGACAGAUGCUGCGCCCAUGACACAGCCAGAGACCAGUGUUGAGAGCAGGGUCCUUUCUAGCACAGACACAGGUGUUGAUCAAGCAGUAGUGGCGGAAAUCAUCGAGACGACGAAAAUCCCGCUCAAUGACGAAGAAGCCGCGCCUGCAGAGCCUUCUGUCCUCACAGAACCCACCCUCAUUCCUGAAGUGGCCACCACAGAAAGCAUUUCUGAAACCCCAUUACCGAUCGUCGAAGACUUCGUCAAACCUGUUGAAGAGCCGGUAUUGUUGGUCGACCCCGAGCCAAUCAGAGAAGCGCUAGUCGAAGAAGCACCAGUUGAAGAAGCACCAGUUGAAGAAGCACCAGUUGAAGAAGCACCAGUUGAAGAAGCACCAGUUGAAGAAGCACCAGCCAAGGAAGCACCAAUUGAAGAAGCACCAGCCAAGGAAGCACAAGCCAAGGAAGCACCGGUCGAAGAAGCGCUAGUCGAAGAAACACCAGUUGAACAAGUAUUAGUUGAAGAAGUACCAGUCGAAGAAGUGCUAGUUGAAGAUGGGCCACUCGAACCAACAGUACCAUCACCCAUCACACAAAUUACUGAGGUUACAGACCUUUCUACAGCCCCUGCCACAGAAGUGUCGACAACUGCUGAAGAGGUACCAACGACAACGCUACCUUCCUUGAAUCCUGUGCAGACAGAGUUCUCGGCAACUGUCCCCUUAACCGAAGAACCUGAACCUGAGAGUCCUGAUCUGCUUGGUGGUCUUGAGGCUGUGCUCGACAGACACCAUGACUCUAGAAACGAGCACCGGGCGGACGUGGCGCCGGAACCCAUACUAGCGGCUGCCCCAGAGCCCGCGUCAGUCAGUGCGCCGCCUACAGAUAUGCCUACUGCUGAUUCUGCUGCUAUACCGGAGUCAGCACCAGAGUCAGUCCCAGCUACUGCUGACACCGAGGAGAAGAAGAUUGAAGAAACGGCUGAGUAA